CCCAGCAGGCGCGGGAGGCGCUGCCAGCGGUGGAAGCCAGGCGCCCGCAGGACUCCCGGCCCGGGCCACGCCAGCGCCAUGUAUGCGGCCAAGUGGUUCCAAGGGGCUCCCUUCGGGGUGCAGAGCCACAGAUUUGAUGCGUCUGCUGUUUAUCCCAACCAGAAGAAAUACAGCACCUUCACAGAGACCCCGUACUCCACGCAUCAUUCUGUGGAAGUGUCCCACAUAGGUCCUGGAACCUAUAGCUCCAAGGAGACCUGCUUCAGCAAAAAGAAGCCAAAGAAGGAGGUGGACACAGGCUGGGCUCUGGCCCAGCAAGCCAUCCGGCUGACCCAGCUGCCCCACUUCCGGUACCAGACCGUUGUGAGAGAGAGGAAGUUGCAGGAGCAAAAGCUGGGACCUGGCUCUUACAACUUCAAAGACUUCUUACAACAGUUGCAGCAGAAGCCAGGCAGCAAGCGGGGGCUGCUUAGCUCUGGGGAGAUCCGCUUCCGAGGUCUCAUUGGGACAGUGGGAACAGCAGAGGCUAAGGACCCGGGUGCCAGCACGCUUGGCAAAUUAGACCAGUGGACAGAGAGCAAAUGGAUGCAUCUCCAGGUGCAGAAGCUCCCCCCCCCACCCCCUAGGGAGCAGAGUGCCUGGAGGCCUUUGAAAAACUAUUAUCCAGGCCCCGGGAAUUAUGGGGAGAAGGGCAACCCAUACACGCGGCUGGAGGAGAAUGCCUGGAACCGGUCCCAUUCCGAGGGCCUCAUGUGCAGGAUGUCAAACAAGUCACCACCUGAGGCUCCUCAGGGGAGUGGUUUAGGACCUGGCACCUACUCCUUCAAAACUGGCAUCGAGACCUACCUGGCACGAUCUACUGGCACCCGCGGCCCCUAUGACAUUUUCUCUGGUGACCGAAGCAAGCCCCUGCCUUUUGGACAUUACUCUGUGCAGAAAAAAAGGCCCAGGGAACUGGUGAAUUUCAAGAGCUUCGUGGAUGAACUUAACUCACGUCACAAUAAGAAGCAUGGAGUUUUUUCAGAAAUUCCCCGCGACCCGAAAACCCCUCCAGAGAGGAUUUACUGGUCUACCCUUAGCCAGUGCCCCCGAAAACUAAACACAUCUGGCCCUGGUUCAUGGCUUCCUCAAGAGACAGAGAUCAAACACGUCAACCGGCCGCCAUUCCUCCUGGCCUCUAAGCGUUCAGGUGUAAAGACCAACCAGAUAGUUUUGGGAAGCUGGAACCCAGUAGGGGUGGGCCGCUACCUCAAUACCACGCGAUUGGAGAACAAGGACACACGGCAGCGAUACCGGUCCCUGUACAUGGGUGAACCCAAGCGCUACCUCUCAGAUCUGAACCGGGACAGGAUCAUGCAGGAAAGGAUCACACCUUUUACAAAGGGCAGGUGCCCUCCAACUGUGGAUUAUAAUUCAAAUCCUACUCCUUAAAGCCACGUGGGAAGAACAGCUAUGGUGACUGGAGGGCCCAAAGCCUGAAGACAGAUGAGGGUGUCUUACAGAGAGCAGUUGCUUUCUCAACCGUGUCAGACGGCAGUCCUGGAAGAAGUCAGACCAUCUUUAUUCACGGACAGCAAGAUCAGCUCCAUAAAAAGUCCUCCUGAAUCUUCCAAAAAGCUACGAGGUCCAAGAAGUCAGUUUCGUAAGAUUACAACAAAUAAGAUCAAUCUACCCAAACUGUUUUCCUAUACUAGCAACACACAACAAAAAAAUUGGAAAUUUAAAAUACAACUUAUAUGGCAUAAAACUAUGAAACACUUAGUUUGAAUUUUGACAAAAGAGAUACAAGGUCUGUACAUGGAAAGCAAUUAAUACUGCAGGGACAUUAAAGAAGACAGAAAGGGAGAGAUACCACAUUCAUGGGCCACAAGAUUUGAUAUGGGUGUUAAGCUGUUUUCCCCAAAUUAAUCUAUGGAUUUAAUGCAAUGCCAAUCGAAACCUCAGUCACCUUUCUGUAAAAGUUGACCAGCUGGAGCUGGGGGUGUUGCCUAGGGAGGCCCUUGGUCUGAUCUCUAGCAUUGCCAAAAACAAAUACCCGCAGACUGACAAGCUGAUAGCGAAACUGAUACAGAAAUACAAAAGACAUAAAAUAUCCAAAAUAAUUUAGAAAAAGAACAACGCUGUAGGACCAACCUUAUCUUAUUUCCAGACUCAUCAUCACAAAGCUAUAGGAACCAAGACAGUGGAAUUGGUGCCAAGAUAGAUCAAAGGAACAGAGCAGAGAAUCCAGGAACAGGAGAUAUGGACAACUGCACUUCAACAGUGGUGCAGAGUCAACUGGGGGUGGGGUGGGGAUCUUUUCAUCAAGUGUGCUAGAACCAUUGCAUACUAAUCUGCAAAAAAGUGAACUGUGAUCAGCAAGUCCCCUCAUGGACAGAAACUAACUCCAUCUGUGAUACUCAGAAGUACAGUAUAUACUUGGUUUUCCUCUUAUUUCAUGACUCACAGCUCCCAAAACCCUGGGAACCUCCAGAGUGAUGUCUUUCAUAUACUAAUUAGAUGACUGGUCUCUGAGGACCCUUAGAUAGCUUUAGGGUACAGAAUUGUCACCAGAAAGACCCAGGCCUGUUUAAAGAGUUGAAACCUUUAAUCCCACACCUCUAAGGAGGGGAAAGAGGCUGAAGGUUGAGUUGAUCACUAAUGGCCAAGGAUGCAGCAAUCAUGCCUAGUAAUGACCCCUCAUAAAACCCCAGACAGGCUAGGUGUGGGGAGCUUCUAGAUAGCCGAACCCAAGGAGGACACCCAGAGAGAGCAGGGAGGCUCCCCCUCUUUCCCACAUGCCCUGCCCUCGUCAUCUCUUCCAUCUGGACUGUUGAUCUGCACCCUUCUUUAUAAUAUAUAGAAGGGUAAAUAUAUGAAAAGCAUUCUUUAUAAUAUAUGGGUAAAUAUAUGAAAAGCAUUUCCCCGAGGGCUGUGAGCCAUCCUGGCAAGGCAACUGAUCCCAGGAUCCCACACAUCUGGCAUCAGAAGUGUUGAGUGGCGUGUGAGAGGAGGAAUGAGCUGUUUUCCCCUCUAGAUCACAGACCUAAAUGUAGCUGUGAAAAUUCUAGAAGAAAACACAGGAGGAAAACCUUUGGACAUUAUGUGAGGCAAAAAGUUCUGAGAUGCAGAUUUAACUUUAAAAAAAAAAAUAAAUCGUACAUAUUGUUAAAUUGGACUUAAUUGAGAUUUUUUUUUGUUCUUUCAAAGGUGCUAUUAAAAGAAUGAUAGGUCACAGGUUGGGAGAAAAUAUUUGCAAAUCAUAUAUCUGAUAAAGGACUUAUAUUCAGAAUAUGAAUAUACAUAUAUAUAUAUACACAUACAUAUACAUAUACAUAUAUAUGCAUAUAUAUUUUAAAAUAUAUAUAUAUUUCAAGAAUAAG